CUUCUCGCUCUCGCUGUCUCCCCUUCGGACUGAACUUCGACCUCGACAUCACAAUGGCUAGCGGAAUUUUCAACUCCACCUACUACAAUAAAGACGCGCGCCCUGGUGCCGCUCUCCUGCGUGCCCGUCGUCCUUAUCUGUUCAAGAACGCCGCCACCGGACUUGCCCUCGUGGCGUUCACCAUUGGUGUCUAUUCCUACACGAUUCAUGCUGUCGGCCAGGAUGAGUUCUCCGACGUGAAAGUCCCCGAAACCCCCGCCUCGUCGCAAUCCAAGAAGCAAUAAGCAUACCGCCGCCGUCUGGCUAUGGACUCGAGGAAAUUGCAACGGAGAGUUUGUUAAAAUACUAUCUCAGCUAUGGUGUCACAAGGAUAUGGAGUAUAUUGGAGGACCUUGAAUCGUUAUCUCUUAGUUUGGGCUUCCGCACGGCAUGGAGCAGGCAGAACGAGGUUUGGCUACUGGCAGUUCCCACUUCCAGACUAUGGGAGUUACGAACCCCGGGGCGCAUGGGGCUUUUCCGGAGCGCGACUGCUUCCAGGAAGUACGCAGUUGGAGGUCCGGCACGCUGCUUGUUCAUGAGACCCUCCUCUCCGCCGAAUCUGUUGGGCCUGGCAUCAUUUGUAUAUUAACCAUUUUGAAUAAGCGAAGAUACCACCACCCUGCUCUAAUCAUGCGAAG